UUUCUUGUAGGUUCCGCCAGUCUUGUAGAAUAGGGCACGUCGACUCCACAGAAUGAACGCACUCGUACUAUAACGGAUUGAAGGAACGGAAAACGGCUGGCAGUCGCCUACGUGGCUGACGCAUUUGUUCAUAUUCCUCAAACUAAGGAGCAAGGAAGUUGAUUCUGUCAGGGAUGUAGGCUAAGACUGUAUUGUAGAAGUCUAUCAUCUUCAUUAUUUAUGUACGAAAGUGUAUCAAGCAUAACUAAUUAUGGACGGCAUUUGAAUGGAGUUUCUUGCUUUAGACUGUAUUCCAAAAUCUAGAACUGUGGGGGGUUUUGCCGUCGCUACACUGAAUACUUUGGUUGAAGCUUCAAGUUGAAACACUGUUGCAUUGUACCAAAAUGCCUAGUAACGAAGUAAAGCAAAGAAAGAAGACACAAAAAACAAAUGAGGAGUCGUCCAAUAAGCCAAACAACUGCGAAGAUGAGGCGAAGAAAGUGGAAACGACUAAAGGGGUCCAUUUAGAUCUACGUAAAACUUCGGUUUUCUCUCUGGAUCUAAGAACGAUUGCGUGUCUACUAUCCGUGGUAGUUUGUGCUGUCUUAACCUGGGUGGUGUUGAAGCAGAAUGAAAAGUUAACCGACGUGGAGGAGAAAUACAAACACUUGUAUGGGAAAACUGCAAGUCUGAUUGAAAUGGAGGAGGAAGUACUCAAGGUGUCUAAAAAGCUCACCACUUCAGAGAAGGAACUCCAGGGGGCGCUCUCCACUGCGUCAGUGGCGACACGGCUCCAGCAAGACAUCUUUUCCCUCCACGCCGCCAUUAAUGCCAUGCAAGCGGAUGAAAAAUCGGCCUCCCACGACCUCCAGGUGGUCAACGGACGCUUCCUCAACGUAACAGAGACGUGGCAGGAGCGCUUGGCCGCCGUGACGGCCGACCUCGCCACCCUGAAGGUGGAGUCGCGGGAGGCCCACGGCGGGGCCACCGACCGGGUCAACGAGGCAGAGCGGAGAGCGCUGGCCCUGGAAGAGAGGCUGGAGGAGCUGGAGGACAGCACCAGGAGGAACGCCCGGGCUCUGGAGCGCUCGGAGGAUGAAGACACCAAACGGGCCCAGGACCAGCUGGACUGGAACACAAAACAAAUCCAUAAAAUGGAGGACCAAGUCCGAGCCCUGAUCCGGGCUGACGCCGAGAUGGGCGCCCAGCUCCAGGAGCAUCUUCCCAGGGCCCAGCAAUGCGAGGCCCACCUCCCCGAUGUGGAGGAGGCUGUCCGGUCCAUCCUCAGAUUGGGGGGGGACCUGAGUGGGGCGGAGAGGAGGCUGGAGGAGCUCACCCUCCAGGUGUUUGGGACUGAGGACAGCAUGUUGAAGGCGUUGACAGAAAUAUUGGAAAUCAAGCAAGGGCUGGAUGCUCUCCAGGCCCACAACAGCAUCCUGAAGAUGAAGAACGAACUGGGAGUGGUCGCCGAGGCAGUCCGAGAGCUCAGCAUGGUGGUGAUGGGUGUGGGGUCGCUCAAAGCAGAGGAUUCUGAGAUUAUGGAGGCAGAGGAGGAUGAGGAGUGGGAGGACCCACAAGCGGAUGACCAAUCCCAGCUAGCGCUGGACGAUGAUCGCACUGUGUGACGUCAUUGUGGCAGGUCGCAUGGGGAAGGGAGGGGUUUAUUUUCCAUUCUGUCAAUGCACACAAUGUUAUGCUUUUCUACAUUUGUAUGUGACUUCAUGUCAAAAACCUUCUGUUAUUAUCAUUAAAAAAAAUGCUUUAUGUAGUCACAAUUAAGCACUGUCGUUAGCACUGCUGUGAUUCGGCAACAGCCGAUUAAGUAUUCUGAGUAGGUACAGUAGGGUAAUGUUAUACUACUAAGUAGUUGCAAUGAGAAAGUUCUCAAGGUGUAUUAUGGUAUUAUUCAUUACAGGCAAAAAUCCGUUUUUUUACACUUUUGUAUUUGUUUGUGAUAUGGUUUGGCAAACAGUAUAAGGUAAACUUGUUGAAGAGACUUACUUUCUAAUAAAAAGUGUGCCAAGGA